GGCCCUGCACUAGUUGAGGUCUGAGCGGGCCGGCAACGAGGCAAGCAAGAGCGAGAGAAAGAGAGGGAGGAGCGUUGAGGGGAAAGGGAACAGAAGGUUGUGUGGCUGGUAAACCGUUCUUGGUGGAAACGUGAGAGGGAAAAAAAGAGGAGAGAGAGAGAGAGAGAGAGAGAGAGAGAGAGAGAGAGAGAGAGAGAGAGAGAGAGAGAGAGAAAGGCCAGUGAAAGACAUUAGAAACUGUGAUAAGAAGAGUGACUUUAUAUUCUUUCGAGAUAAAUAUAUCAGACUGUAGAAAAUACGUUAAUAUGAAUGAAAAAGGAAAAAAAAUAUUAAUACAGUGAAUUAAUACCCAAUAGAAAAGAAAAGAGAAAGACAACAAAGUGAAGAAAAUUAAACUAGACGAAUAAGGUGUUAACAAGAGGUGCCAAAUAAGGAAGAGCGGGAAAUCACGAGACACAUGUGAGAUUCAGGUGACACGGGAGCCAGGAAAGGUAUGGAUGCUCAACCUACUACCACCACCACCACCACAUCAUCCACCACCACCACAACCCUCUGGAGGAGACUGCUUCCCUUGUUCCUGCUUAUUCCUUCAGCAUGUGGCAUCCGCUGCUACGAGUGUGUGCACAACAACCAACGAGUAAAACGUCACAACAGGUUCGUGUACCCGUGCUCGGAGUUUGAUGACUCUGAACGCUACAUCAUGGACUGCCCUGAUUCAAAUAUGUGCAUCUACCAGAGGAUAACGCUGCCUCUUUCCUCAGGGAAGGUUCACGUCACAACCAUGGAUGGCUGCACCCCUAACAUUACCAGCCAGGCACGGUACGCUGAGGCUCGUCUAGUCAAGCCAGGGUGCAUCACACAACUCAGCGCUGAGAGGCCGCCUUCCUCCGAGUACUGUUACUGUGACUAUAACUUGUGUAAUAAUGGAUCUAUCACUUCAAUAUCCCUGCUUGUGUCUGUGCUUCCUCUCUUACUUGUAUCCCUUCACUGGUUGCUACAGGACACUUGAUAACCAGAGUGUGGGUUAUCUUUGAAUAUCUAAAGAAAAUACCUAAAUUAUGUACUGUUUUCUCUUUAAGAUUUCAUAUGGACCAAAUACCUAAGUUACUUUAGUUGUUAAGUGAGGAGUGUCACUGUAAAUAUCUCAUGUUCAUUAUUGUUGUUCUACUUAAUUCCUCUCGACAUACUCAGUGCAUCAUCACCUUCCUCUUCACUUGCAUUCAAGUUUCAUCUGUGUAUGCUUCGAGUGACGUGAAUUACUGUAAGACUUCAUCCUUGUUAUAUUGUUCUAGUUCCUCCCAUGUUACUCACAGUCAUCUACAUCAUCAUCUAGGUUAAUGUCUCAUCUCACCAAGCCAUACAGCAUUUACUCCACUAGCAAUACUGGUUGAUGUUAAGUGUAUGAAGUAUUUGACAUUUUUUGCUGUCUUUGAGCUGCUCACUGCCCUUAUUAAAAACUGGGAACAAUUUUCAGUAACAAUACAAUUCCUAAACCCUUUUUUAUAAUCCCUAUUAAAACAACUAGACCACAUUUUAAAUUACAUGAUUACUACACCUUUCUGCAAUCCCUCUUAUCAAGACAACUAGACUAGGAAUAUUCUAACAUGAUCAAUACUCCUUUUAGCAAUCCUUAUUCAAACUACCAGAGUGACACUGCAAAUAUGAGCAACACUUCACCAAUGCACUAGCCAAUGAAUAAACAAACCACCUCCUUGCCAGACUAAUGCAGGGCUGGGACAAAGAACUAAUGUGACAUGACAGUCAAGGCCGGCAAAACAUUCUCUGGUGCCUUGGUGAUGUGUGGCCUAAUUAGUAAUGAGUCAGAUUUGCAUGUUUACCUUAAGUGUUCUGUCCAGGCUUUGAUCCCAGUGAUUAUCUCUCAGGGUCAGCACUAUGUACUGGCUUUAUUUUUUUGUAAUGGACAGCGGAUUCAUUUUAAGGUGCAAAUCUAAUACUGUCUCAAGUCUUAAUGAUGAGGACAAGACACUGAUACAUAAGGAUUGGUUAGCUGACUGGUGCCACAGAAAUACAGUUAAUUUAAUACUGCAUCAAGCUUUUAAUGAUGAUGGGAAGGGAAGAUGAUGAUACUUAAGGAUUGGUUAGCUGAAUGGUGCCACAGAAGCAUAGUUAAUCAAAUACUGUAUCAAUGCCUUCAAUAAUGAUUAAGUGGUUAGCUGGCUGAUAUCAAGGUGCACAGGAAUAGGGUAAAACUAGUCUGCCUACUCUAAUGUGGCUCCUUGCUCUCAGUCUGAACAGUGCUCUGAAGGAAUGCGUGGUUGUCAGAUCUUGAGUAGAACUGUAAGCUGUCCUUGUGAUGAAGUGGGUUGAUCAACAUAAAACAAGCAUUAUUCACCUAAAAUCAAUUAUAUCAACCAUAAGUUACAAUAUGUUUUGAACCCAGGAGCCACUUUAGAGGAGACAGACAAUAGUGCUGUCUCAAGGUUUUCAUCACAUCACUACACAGCAUUAGGGGAAAAAGUGGUCAUGUUAGUUUCGUCACUGGUUCUGGUUAAGCGCACACACACACACACACACACACACACACACACACACA